CUUCGUUUCAAAAUGCAAAGCCUUGAAGAAUUUUUGAAAGAGAUGAACCUCCCGCUCCCGCCCAAACCGAAAUCGGCUAGGGACUUCGAGCGUCCGAUGUCCCCGUUACCGCGCAGAACACACGAUUUCAGGACAUUUUCCUGCACACUGACUCCACCCGGUUGGCACGAACCGUCGUCCCAUUUACAUAGGGUCCACAAGGAAAGACGUCGACAGCGUGCACUUGAGAUUAGGCGUAUGGUCGAGGUCAGACAACAGGCGCUCCCCACUCCCAGCUCUUCGCCUGUUCGCUUGCCUGCGCACUCGCCCGGACCUAUGAUCAUGUCUGUACCUGAGACCCGGCGUUUGCCUUCAUCUGUGUCACCUGCCCGCUCGCCGUCAUCUUCUUCGUCGUUCCCCUCCUCUUCGGCGUGGUCUUCGCCUUCGUCUUCCUAUUCCCCUUUCCUGUCCUCGGUCCCUUUCGUGUCUUCAACUUUGGUGUCGUCUUCGUCUCCUUCGCCCUCGUCUUCUCUUCCUCGUCCUGGUCCUCGUCCUCGUCCUCCAUCUGGUCCUCGUCCUGGUCCUCGUCCUCAAAAGAAGCCCC